AUGGAUCAUUUGGCUUGCUCUUCUAAAAUUGAACAAAGAUGUCAGUGUCUUGAAUCAAGUUGGGUCAAGAUUAACGUUGAUGGUUCUGUGUCAAAAAACAACACCAAAGUAGCAAUCGGAGGAGUUGUGCGAAACUUAGAUGAGGGGUGGUUGAUGGAUUUUAACAUGGUAACAGGGAUGGAUGAGAUAUUCAAGAUUGAAGCAGGAGCAAUUGUUGAAGGGAUGAAAUUGGCUUGGUUGCGAUGCGAUAUUCAUGUUAUUGUUAAAAUUGAAAGUGCAGAUUCUAUUCCAAAUUUGUAUUCAAUUAUAACAGCAUCUGAUGGGGCAAUGGUUGCAAGAGGAGAUCUUGGUGCAGAGCUGCCAAUUGAGGAGGAAGAGAUCAUUAGAACAUGUCGAAGCAUGGGGAAAGUUGUUAUUGCGGCAACCAAUAUACUGGAAAGCAUGAUUGUUCACCAAACACCAACUAGAGCAGAGGUAUCUGACAUUGCCAUUGCUGUUCGUGAGGGUGCUGAUGCUGUCAUGCUUUCUGGAGAAACGGCUCACAGAAAUAAGUUAUUGAGUUUUUAA